AUGCUUGAUAUUACUGCUCCACUUAUGUUUUCCCUGGUCGCCGUGUGGAUAUCGGGGGCGUGGCAGAGGAGGCCACCGAGAGGCGAGAGGCGAGAGGCGGCCGCGCGCCCGCUCGAGAGCGCCUCCGCCUCCGCCUCCACCUCCGCACAAGAAUGGCGGCGCACAAAGGCCGGCCCGGCGCCUCGGCCGCCUCGCCGUGACGUCACGGGGGUGAGGCUGCCGCCGCCGCCACCGCGCCCGCCUCGCCUCGGCGCUCUCGAGACGCCGGCCGCCGGCCGCGCCCACUUGCCGCCGCUUUCUCCCGCCUCCUCCACCCCGUCCCCAUCCCCCACCCCUCCCCGCUGCUUUAUUCUUUUGUAG